UUGGAUAAUGCUCCUUGUCAUCCGCCGGCUGAGGAAUUACGAAGUUCAGAUGGAAUAAUUUUCACUGUUUAUAUGCCGCCCAACGUGACUCCUUUGAUCCAACCCAUGGAUCAGAAUAUCCUACGUUUAACAAAACUACAUUACAGAAGGAGCUUAUUGAGUCAAAUUGUGAGUCAAAAGGAAAACAUAACCGAUGCUCUGAAACGACUUACUUUAAAAGAUUGUGUGGCUCAUUUACAAGUUGCAUGGAUCAAAUUGGAUGCAGAGAUGAUUUCAAAGUGUUGGAAAAAUUUGUUUGAUCGCACUGAAGAUUUCACUGAUGAGGAUAAUAUACCUUUGAGUAUGUUACAAGAAAUGCUCAAUAGAGAAAAAGUUGUUGUGAAAGAUACAAUAUCACUCUUAAUGGAACUUCAACCGCAUGAUUAUAAUGAAAAAGAAAUUGAACGGUGGAAUUGCGAUGAGCUAGAUAUGAAUGAUGAAAAUAUUCCAGAAAACAGCGACGAUGAAGAUAACGAUGUCGAUAUUGUAAGGCCCAAAGUUCCACAUUUCGAAGCAGUGAAAUCAAUUUCCACUGUUAUUUAUUGGGCUGAAGAAACUUUGAAACGCCUGCAAGAAAAAGCUGUACUGGAAAAUUUGAAGAAUUCGGACGAGGACAAAUCCGCUGUGGUCCAGUGA